UCCAUGUCUGCUCUACACCGUCCCCUUUCUUUUCCCUCCCCUCGUCACUGCCGUCAGCCGCCACGCCGACGGCCACGCCCAAGCGCGCGUGCUACCGCCGCCGCCGUCUGCCCAUCCCGCCGCCUCCCCAAGCGGCGCUAGGCGCGUAUCCCGCCAUUGCGGCUGCAGCGUGGAGCACGGCCGCCGCGGGCAGCGGCAUCCCGCCGCCGCCACCCACCCCGACACGCCGCCGCCGCCCUCCUCUCUAUAGAUUCCCCACGCCUCGCCACCGCUCCCGCCUCGCUGGCAGGCCGGGUAUAUGUUCCGCCGCCCCCAAGCCUCCGGCGGCGCCCUCUUGGAGCACAUCGUCGUAGAUCGGUACCGCGCGGGGGACAUCGGCGCCGAGGACGCCCUCCACCUGUUCGACGAGUUGCUCCCCCAGGCCAGGCCGGCCUCGAUCCGCGCCAUCAACUGCCUCCUCGCCGUCGUCUCGCGCGAUGGCCCCGCGCUCGCCGUCUCCCUCUUCAACCGCGUCGCCAGGGCCGGGACCGACAAGGUGGCACCCACCGUGCACACCUACGGCCUCCUCAUCGGCUGCUGCCGCCGCCUGGGCCGCCUGGACCUCGGAUUCGCCGCCCUUGGCCGUGUCCUCAAGACGGGCUGGAGGGCGGAGACCAUCACCUUCACCAACCUGCUCAAGGCCCUCUGCGCCCAAAAGAAGAUCGGGGACGCAAUGGACAUCAUGCUCCGGCAGAUGCCUGAGCUUGACUGCACACCCAAUGUGUUCUCCUACUCGGUUCUGCUCAAGGGGCUCUGCGAGCAGAAGAAAAGUCAGGAGGCUCUAGAGCUGCUCUACAUGAUGGAUGACGAGGUACAUAGCAGCCCUCCAACUGUGGUGUCAUUCAAUACUGUCAUCGAUGGUUUCUGUAAACAGGGUGACGUAGAUGAAGCUCUGGCCCUGUUUCAUGAAAUGCUGGAACGUGGGAUUUCACCAAACCUUGUAACUUACAGCUCAAUUAUUGAUGGUCUGUGCAAAGCUCAAGCAAUGGACAGGGCUGAGAAGUUCCUGCGUAGGAUGAUUGAAGAUGGUGUGACACCAGACUGCACCACAUAUACUAGUCUUGUGCAUGGAUAUUGCUCAUUGGGACAGGGGGACAAGGCAGAUAGAAUUUUCCAAGAAAUGUCCCGAGCUUGUGUUGAACCAGAUACUGUUAUCUAUACCGCAUUGAUGGAAUAUCAUUGCAAGAGUGGACGGUGUUCUGAAGCCAGAAAGAUUUUUGAUUCUAUGAUCCAGAGGGGCCCAAAACCAGAUGCCACCGCCUAUAGUGUUCUGCUUCAUGGGUAUGCCACUGAAGGAUCUCUUUUUGAUGUACAUAAUCUCUAUGAUUUGAUGGUAGAAAAUCACGUUGAACCUGAUAAUCAUGUCUUCAACAUUUUAAUAUGUGCAUAUGUUAAGCAUGAUAUGGUUGAUGCUGCAAUGGUUAUAUUUAACAAAAUGCAGCAUCAAGGCUUGAGACCUGAUAUUGUCACCUAUGGAACAUUAGUUGAUGGACUUUGCAAGAUAGGUCAACUGGAUGAUGCUAUGUUACUAUAUCAGAUGAUCAGUCGCGGAUUGCAUCCUAAUAUCAUAAUUUUUAACACCCUAAUUCAUGGUUUUUGUACCUGUGGCAAUUGGGAGAAGGCCAAGGCAUUAUUUUUUGAAAUGGUGAAUAGAGGUAUAUGUCCUGACAUAGUGUUCUUCAAUACAAUAAUGGGUGAUCUGUGCAAAUCAAGAAUGGUCGCAGAAGCCCAAAGUCUUUUUGACUUAAUGGAACAUGCAGGGGAGGAGCCUAAUGUCAUUACCUAUACUACACUAAUAAAUGGUUAUUGCUUAGCUGGUAAGAUGGACGAGGCCAUGAAAUUACUUGAUGUUAUGGUAUCAGUUGGCUUGAAACCUGGUGCUGUUACCUAUGAUACAUUGAUCAAUGGCUUCUGCAUGAUUGGAAGAGUAAAUGAAGCCUUUGCCUUGGUCAGGGAAAUGUUGAACAAAGGAGUUACGCCUGGAACUGUUACACAUAGUAUAGUACUGCAAGCAUUAUUUCAGAGUGGUCAGGCUGCUAGUGCUAAAAUACUCUAUCUCAGUAUGACCAUGGAUGAGGUGCCAUUGGAUGUUAUCACAUACUGCAUAAUUCUCAGAGGACUUUGCAAAAAUAAUUAUGUUGACGAAGCGCUCCAAAUGUUUCAGAACCUAUGCUCAAAAGGUUUUCAGCUGGAAAUUGGGACUUUAAACAUAAUGAUUGGCACACUGCUUAAAGGUGGCAGAAAGGGAGAGGCCAUGAAUCUGUUUUCUUAUAUCUUGGCCAAUAGAUUGGCGCCUGAUGUUGUAACCUACACCUUAGUGAUGGUACAUUUUAUAGAAGAAGGGUUGCUAGAAGAGUCCGAUAGUCUGUUUCUGUCCAUGCAGGAGAAUGGUUGUGCCCCUGACUCCCGUAUGCUAAAUUCUGUAGUUAGGAGGCUAUUGCAGAGAGGUGAGGUAAGCAGAGCUGGGUUUUACCUUUCCAAAAUUGAUGAGAAUCAUUUCUCCCUAGAAGCUUCUACUUCUUCCCUGUUGACAUCUGUUUUCACUGGUGGGAAAUAUCGACACCAUCGGAAGUUCCUCCCAGAAAAAUAUCGGUCUUCAAUGGAUUCCACAAAUGGAUGAAGCUUUGUGUAGCUAUGACAUUCUGACUAAACAUUUUUUGACAGUGGGGCCUUAUAAGAAUGGCCCAGCCCAACAGGGAUAGCACAGUCCCCACUUUAGUGUUAAAUGAGAAUACAUCUUUAUCUCUGUAAUUGAAGUGUAAAUUUCAAGGUAAAUUGAUAACCUGUAAUGUUAAUCGCAUGACACCUGCUAGCCACUAGUUUGCCUAGGUGGAGGAGCUUCACUAUCGGCUCUGUUUUGGAUACGAUUUUGUCAUCACAGAUGUUGGGAUGUGCAUUGGCAUCCUGAAGAAGGAUUCCAGGUUCUUUCUCAUCCCCCUUGAUGAGGCAUAGAGGAAUCUGUAACUAGAAUUUCAGAUCUUUACGGCACUUCUUUUAGUUUCCAAUUUGCUAUCUUUUAGAGGCAUUAUUUGACACAAAUCCAGCAAUAGUGUAGGAAUCAUUUCAAUUUUGAAACAGAAGUGACAGAAAAUCUCCUCUUUUUUUACAAUCUAACUGAUUUUUCUCUCUUCUAGUCAAUCCUCCAUGUUUGACUUGUAUAUACAUCACAACUUUGCUGGUUGUAUGUUGCUGAUAAACUGAUACUAAUAUUUAUUUAUGUCCUCCAAAUAUUCAUUUGAUAUUUGGUGAUCUGACUCUACGCUCAUGUAAACUAAUUUUCCCUCUUGAUUUUGAGAUUUGGUCAUUAGAACACCAACAGAUUUGUGCAAUCUACAAGAAACUAAGAGGGCCUCCAAUGAAGUACUUCGAUUAUCAGGAACCAUUUGUUCUGAAUAAAGAUUGAAAAAUAAUUGCUGCUUUCACAAGUAUCCUGAAUUUGUUUAAUUGGCAAUGGACAGGCAUUUGAGCCAGUAUGUGUACCUCUAUGUGCUAGUAAGAAAAAUACCAUGUUAAUAAAUCAUCUAGGUUGAUAUUCUCUUGGAAUCUAUUAGUACAAAUCUGUGUUGGCACGGAACUACCUGUAGUUUUAUUUUCAGUGGCAAUGCUAUGCUAAUGUUAUCUAUAGAUAUUUCUGUUAAUUCACUGGAAGGAAUGGUUUCUGAUAUGUUUAAACAUGGCUAGUAUGCCAAUUGCCAUCAUUCAACUGGGCCUGGUGGUGUACUACACUAGUGGUAUCAUGCUCAUGGGAGGGAAACUGCAGUUAAGUUUUUCUUUCUUGCUUGUUACUGGUAAUUCUGCGCUGAUGAAGUUUUUUUUUGAAAAAAAAGUAAUUAUGUGUGGAUGAGUUAAGGUCAUUGUGGGACUAAGCUUGCCUUUUUCAUCCACCAAUUGGCUUUGUGCUCCAUUCUGUGUACGUCUCCUACAUCUCACAGAUUGGUACUCGCAACUACACUGUUGUUUAACAGACGAUUCAUGGAAAUUGGUUCGGUUGUUGUCUUUUGAGCUUUUAUAUCUACCGACUUUCACGAUUUCACAGUUCUUUUUUUUGUAGGUGCAUACCUUUCAGAUUUUGGCAUAUGCUGACAUGCUGCCAAUGCUGAUUGCUAGAGGGUAGAGAUCCAGCUGUCCUGUUUAGUUCAAACGUAUGCUUCAAAAUUUAGUAGCUUGGUGUAAGAUGAGGUACAUCCUGCAAUUAGACUAAUAAUUAUGCUUGGAUAUUCGUUGUUUUUACUAUUAACCCUGACGGCCUGACCAUGGCGUAGAAUUGAAAGGACAACUUGCAAAUAUUAAA